GCCCAGUGACGCCGCUCCGCUGCAGCCGCUCCCCACGCCCGGUGGACCCUUCCCUCUCCAGUCCACCCUCCCACCCACACGGCUCCCAUCCACAGUGCUGCUGCUGAGCCCCGGGUGAGAGCCACAGCGCGUCCAGCCUCGUCCAGCUCCUCCGCGGGACACGAGUUUCAGCACGAAGCCGAGCGGGGAACAGGGCUUCUCUUUCUGUGUUAGCACCAGGGAGCCGCUCCGGACCUGGAGGAUCGUCCCGGGACUCUGAGUGGAUUUAGGACCAAAAACACAACAACAAGGGAGCAACUCGUGCAGAGAUAAAAGAGGGGGGGAAACCGGCAGCCAACAUGGAGGUGAAGACGUCACUUCUGGACAACAUGAUCGGGGUGGGGGACAUGGUCCUCCUCGAGCCCCUGUCCGAAGACUCGUUCAUCGAGAACCUGAAGAACCGCUUCGAGCACAAUGAGAUCUACACCUACAUUGGCAGUGUGGUGAUCUCCAUGAACCCCUACAGGACCCUGCCCAUCUUCACACCUGACAAAGUGGAGGAGUAUCGCAACAGAAACUUCUACGAGCUCAGUCCACACAUCUAUGCUUUGGCAGAUGAGGCCUACCGGUCACUGAGGGACCAGGACAAGGACCAGUGCAUCCUCAUCACUGGGGAGAGUGGGGCGGGGAAAACCGAGGCCAGUAAGCUGGUGAUGUCAUAUGUGGCAGCGGUGUGUGGGAAGGGCCAGGAGGUGAACAAGGUCAAGGAACAGCUGCUGCAGUCCAAUCCCGUGCUGGAGGCUUUUGGGAAUGCCAAAACAGUGAGGAAUGAUAACUCAUCCAGAUUUGGGAAGUACAUGGACAUCGAGUUUGACUUCAAGGGAGAUCCUCUGGGUGGAGUCAUCAGCAACUAUCUGCUGGAGAAGUCCCGUGUGGUGAAACAGCCACGAGGAGAGAGGAACUUCCACGUCUUCUAUCAGCUUCUGUCUGGAGCCUCCGACGAAUCACUCAAGAAGCUGAAGCUGCACCGGGACUUCAGCAAGUACAACUACCUGAGUCUGGACUCGGCUGCGGUCAACGGGCUGGACGAUGCAGCCAACUUCCGGACAGUCCGAAAUGCCAUGCAGAUCGUGGGGUUCAUGGAGGACGAGGUGCAGUCGGUGCUGGAGCUGGUGGCGGCCGUGCUGAAGCUCGGCAACAUCGAGUUCAAGCCGGACUCGCGCAGCAACGGCAGCGACGAGAGCCGCAUCAAAGACAAGAACGACUUGAAGGAGAUGUGCGAGCUGCUGGGAAUCGAACAGUCGGUGCUCGAGAGGGCGUUCAGCUACCGUACGGUCGAAGCUAAGAGUGAGAAAGUCUCCACCACCCUGAACGUGGCCCAGGCCUACUACGCCAGAGACGCCCUUGCCAAAAACCUCUACAGCCGUCUGUUUAGUUGGCUCGUUACUAGGAUCAAUGAAAGCAUUAAAGCACAAGGUAAAACUCGACACAAGGUCAUGGGUGUGCUGGACAUCUAUGGCUUUGAGAUAUUUGAGGACAACAGCUUUGAGCAGUUCAUCAUCAACUACUGCAACGAGAAGCUGCAGCAGAUCUUCAUCGAGCUGACCCUGCGUGAGGAGCAGGAGGAGUACAUCAGAGAGGGCAUCGAGUGGACCAAUAUUGAGUAUUUCAACAACGCCGUUAUCUGCGACCUCAUUGAGAAUAACAAAAACGGCAUCUUGGCCAUGUUGGACGAGGAGUGCCUGAGGCCGGGGACGGUCACCGACGAGACCUUCCUGGACAAGCUGAGCACAAUCUGUGCCGAGCACCUUCACUUUGAGAGUCGUCUCAGCAAGAAUUCCAAGUUUCUCACGGACCACAGCCUGCCUCACAAUUGUUUCCGGAUCCAGCACUAUGCCGGCAAGGUGCUGUACCGGGCCGAGGGAUUUGUGGACAAGAACAACGACCUGUUGUACCGAGACCUCUCGCAGGCCAUGUACAAGGCCAACCACAGCCUCAUCAAACAGCUGUUCCCUGAGGGCAACCCUGCCAAGGUCAACCUGAAGAGACCCCCGACCGCUGGGUUCCAGUUCAAAGCAUCCGUGGGCACGCUGAUGAGGAACCUGCAGACCAAAAACCCAAACUACAUCCGGUGCAUCAAGCCCAACGACAAGAAAGCCUCCCACAUCUUCACCGACUCCCUGGUGCGCCAUCAGGUGCGCUACCUGGGCCUGAUGGAGAACGUCCGGGUCAGGAGGGCGGGCUACGCCUUCCGCCAGCCCUACGAGCCCUGCCUGGAGCGCUACAAGAUGCUCUGCAAGCGCACCUGGCCCCACUGGCAAGGGCCCGCCAGGGAAGGAGUGGAGGUGAUGAUGAGCGCCCUCCCGGUUCAAGCAGAAGAGUUCUCGUACGGCCGCUCCAAGAUCUUCAUCAGGAACCCAAGAACGCUCUUCUUCUUGGAGGAGAGGAGGAGGCAAUGCCUGCAGGACCUGGCCACGCUCAUCCAGAAGAUCUACCGGGGCUGGAAGUGCCGCACUCACUUCCUGCUGCUGAAGAAGAGUCAGAUAGUGGUGUCGGCCUGGUACCGCCGAUACGCGCAACAAAAGAAAUACCAGAAGAUCAAGAGCGCCACCACCGUGGUGCAGUCCUACACCCGGGGAUGGCAGGCCCGCAAACUCCUGAGAGAGCUGAAGCAUCAGAAGAGAUGUGAAGAGGCGGUCACCACCAUCUCAGCGUUCUGGCACGGCACCCAGGCUCGGAUGGAGCUGAGGCGUCUCAAACAAGAAGUGCGGAAUAAACAUGCUGUGACAGUAAUUUGGGCAUACUGGCAGGGAACCAAGGCCCGGAGAGAGCUGCGGCAGCUGAAGGAGGCGGCGAGGAAUAAACACGCUGUGUCGGUCAUUUGGGCCGGCUGGCAGGGCACCAAGGCUCGCAGGGAGCUGAGGAGACUGAAGGAAGAGGCCCGGCGUAAGCACGCUGUCGCCGUGAUCUGGGCGUACUGGCAGGGACUCAAGAUCCGCAGAGAAUACAGAAAGUUCUUCAGGGCGAACGCAGGCAGGAAGAUCUACGACUUCACCAUCCAGAGGAUUAUGCAAAAGUACUUCCUGGGUCUGAAGAGCACCAUGCCCUCCAUGUCGCCCAUAGACAAGAACUGGCCUGCAAGACCCUAUCUCUUCCUGGGUGGAGUCCACUCUGAACUCCGGAGGAUCUUCCAUCUUUGGAGGUGCAAGAAAUACAGGAGCAAGUUCACAGAGGAGAAGAAGGCAGUGUAUGAAGAGAAGCUGGAGGCGAGUGAGAUCUUCAAGGAUAAAAAGGCUCUCUACCCGAGCAGUGUGAGUCAGCCCUUCAAAGGAGACUACCUGGAGAUCAACAAGAACCCCAAGUACCAGAAGCUCAGCAUAGCGAUGGAGGACAAGGUUCUGCUGGCGGACGUGGUUAACAAGAUCAACAGAGCAAAUGGAAAGGGAACGGCUCGGCUCUUCCUGCUGACUAAGAACAGCGUGGUCCUGGCCGACCAGAAGACGGGCCAGGUGAAGGCCAGCGUCCCCCUGCCGGACCUCAGCAGCGUGUCGGUCAGCACACAGAGCGACGGCUUCUUCGCUCUCAAGCUCAAAGAGGGCUCAGCCUCGGCCGUCAAAGGCGAUUUCUUACUCAGCAGUGAGCACCUGAUCGAGAUCAUCACCAAAAUCCACCGUAUGGGCACCAGGGCUGCCGACCGGGAGCAGCUGGACAUCGACAUCUCAGACGAGUUCCUGGUGCAGUUCAAGCACGACAAAGUGUGUGUGAAGUUCAUCCCGGGAGUCCCCAAGAACGGCAACAGCGUGUCCUGCAAGCGCAAGAACAACCGCCUGCUGGAGGUGUCGGUGCCCUCAACGGCAUAGUGCAGCCCCCCCCACCCCACCCCACCCCACCCCAGCCCAUCAUCCACCUCCUCCCUGCUUCCAGUGCUGCUCCACAGGGCCUCAGACUGGGGGGGGGGGAACACAGAACCACCGCCCACUCCGAAAGAACCAUCACCCCGUUGCCCACCCCUCCCCCCCCCACCAAAAUAAUGACAGUGCAGUAAUUUGGCUUGUUGUGUUGUUGCUUUCCCCUUCAGUCUCUUCCUAUCAGAGUUACUCUGGCACCACUUUCACUGUAAUCAUGUGCCACUUUCUUUAGGCAGUGAAAACCGGGUUGCAUGCCACCGAAAUCUGGUAUUCAAAAAAAAAAUGUUCACUGGUGUUUUUGUGUAAAACUGGGGUCGAGAGUUGAAGGAAAAAAGAGAUCUUGGUGGAGACUUCAGUGUCCCAGCGGUGACGUGGAGGAUUGUUCUGCCUGCACGCUGAGUCGCCCUUCAGAGGAACAUGUCAUCCUUCUCUGAGCCCGGGACCUCGAGCGGCUCGGCCUGCUUCUUUAGAGUUUAGCUUCUCUGAUGAUGAUGAAAGUAAAAAAAAAAAUACUGCACUUGUUCUUCACCUCGGUGUAACCAAAAGAGGAUGAGCGGGGAAGUGAAUUUGAUUGUAUUGAUGUAUUAUUUUCUAUAUAUAUAUUUUCUCUCUCUCUCUCUCUGACAAACAGAAAUAGCACAGCGGGCAGAUGAGACUUUUUUUUUUUUUUCUCGAUUAUCGUGAAACCACUUUUUUUUUUUUCUAUCAAUAAUUCCUACGUGCCAUUGAACAGGUCCCACGACUUGUCACACUAACCACACAGGUGAUCGACCCCAUUCACUUCCUAGUAUUGAUCCAAUCAAGGCCAAAACCAGUUGAACACGGGGUCGAAUCAAGCUUUGGUGGUCGAUUUAUAUUUCGAUCUCCAUUCCCUCGACAAGCACAAGCUUCACUUCACCUGCAGAGUGAUUUCAUAUCCUUCACACUCAGAACGUCUCGUCUGACUCAAACAACAUCCGCUCAUUUUUUUUUUUUUUAUGUGGGACUUAAUUAAAGAUGCUGAAAAGGGCAAUAUAGACAUUCCAGUGGAAAAUGAAAAAAACCCUUGAUACUGAUGUUAUUUUUUUUUUGUGUGCAAUAAAUUAAAACGCUUUUUACUCAAUUAUUCUCCAAGAGGCAGUAGUAAGAGCCCAUAGCAGUCGCCCUCACUGUACCAUAGCUGUACAUAGGCUCUUAAGGUCGUGGCCCCUGGCAUGGACAAAGGGUUUCUCUAGUAUCCUCAUAUUAAUUGCUGUGUUUGUGAAACGGCUGUUUUGUGUUGCUUUUUACUUCUUCUCGCCGCCGCAGCUUUGACGUGUUGUCGUGCUCGAUUCACUCGGAUGUGUCUUUUCAAGACCCCCCCCCCCCCCCCAAAAAAAAAAAAAACGACAUGCACAUGACCAUUGAUUCUCGCUGUAUCAAACCAGUUUAAACUUUUACAACUUUCUAGCGCGCUGACAUGCAAGAAGGAGAAAAAAAAAAAAACUGGUACGCAUACAUUUACACACAAGCCAAAUAUGAGUAUCAAAGAAGCGGGAGGGCUCUAUUUUCAGGUAUGUUUGAUUAUAAUCAUCUGUAUUUUGGAUGUACUGGGUGUGAGUUUUGUACCGACGGUUCCUAAGUCAACCAGCCAAACUUGGUCUAGUGUUUAGUUUUGUAAUCCAGAGUAUCUUGGUUCGUAUGUUCCUUGUAUGUUUUUAACAACACACACACACACACACACACACACACACAGACACACACACACACACAGAAAUCACUUGUUGCGGUCCCACGCGUGGGGACGUUUGAGCCAGUGUUGACGUGUUUGUUCUUCGGGCUCCGCACUGUUUCCACGCAGCUUCGCUAAAGUGAUGUCUCCUCCUCACCCCCCCCCCCCCCCCCCCCCAUUCUCCCUCUCGCUCUUAUCUUGUCUCGUAUUUGAACAAUGGCUAGAGCUGCAAAAAUGGUCGUCUGCAUUCUUGUGUGCCUAAUGUUAACCUAUGCUGAGACAUGCAACAUGGGAAUGUUUCAGUGGAAGUCGAUGUAACAUUUGCAAGUUAUCUCUUUUUUUAAAUUAAAUAAAAAUCAGUAAUGAAUAAAUGUUA